AUGGCCUUGAUGCCCGGGGCCCUUGCCACCGCAGAGGGUAGUGCCCACAGCAGGGACAACUUUUGGUCCCACAAGAACAUACCUGACUUGGGGGAUGCUGGGAACAUCCAUGAGAAGGAGCACCUUGGUGCUUUCCGGCGCCAGAGCGCCCAAAAUCCAGGCCCGAAGGCUGCGCUGGCCGUAGAGGGAAACAUGCCUCCCCUGUCCACAGCGCUGUGCUAUCAGGGGGCGGAGGAGGAGGGCGGCAAAGAAAGUGUGUACACUGACGCCCCAGCCCGGCCCUGA